AUCAAUUUAAGAAUAAGAACAAAAGAACAGUGCUGUGACAAUGGCUUCUUAUUUCUCUAUCCUAUGGAUUCUGCUGCUGCAACUCCUCAGCCUGACUUUGGGCGAUGUCUCCCACUUGGAAUACUCCAUCACGCCCAGCUCCCAGGUGGCCUACUACCAUUACCCCGCUCCUAGCAGGCAGCAGCAGCCGACUGUCCAGAGAGUAGUCCAGCAGAGGUAUCAACAAGUGGCGGCCAAGGCUCAACCUCAGCAAUAUCAUCAGGUGGCCCGUCAGUUUGCUGAACCCGCCUUGGAGCAGGCUGCGUUUACCCAGGCACUGACCAGUCAGGGAUAUGUAUUUGGAGCACCCUCAGCUCCACUCCAGGUGGCCUCCUCAGCGCCACAGGCUCAGGCAGCAGCUCCAGCUGGAACAGGAAGAGCCUUUCCAUCGCCUGCUGUGGAUGCCAAUUCUCUGAAUCUCAAGCUGCCAGUGCCCUUUGGCAUUGCUCCCUUGAAUGUGGCCCAGCUGCCGCUGCAGGCUGGAGCUCCCUAUGCCAGUGUGCCAAGGACCACGGGCCUCACCUCCUAUGGAACGCCACUGAUCCAGAGGCGUUAA